CCGCCGGUUGGCAUUCCGAUUCCGUGGGAAGAAAGAAAGCGUCGUCUCGCAAGAUGAGUAACGUCCUGGUUGCUGCACUGAUGUGUGCUCUUUGUGGGCAGGUUUUGGCGAAUUCUUACCCACCGAGAAAGACUUUCGUGGAAAUGCCCAGCCAUAGCGCAGGUAGCUACGGCCCGGGGCAAGGUCAGAUUGUCCCGAAAAGAGGUCCACCGUCGAGCCACAACCACGGUAAUGUGCAGCAGCCCAAGGUUGUCAAAUCGCCGCCGGUGGUGCACAUUGGAACGAAGGCGCAAGCUGCUAGCUACUCCUCGGGACCAAUUAAAGUAGGCCCGAAACGCGUACCACAAGGACCCCCGAACCAUGGAAGUGGCCAGUUUGUGAAAAACUAUCCACCACCAGCAGCAGCAGCAGCGACUCAUUUUGGGGCGCAAAGCCACGCUUCUAGCUUCGGUGUUGCACACGCCGGAGUUGCACAUGUGGGUAGUAGUAAUCAUCAUGCGGUCAAGCACACCCAAGUAAUCCCUGCGAUCGGCCAUGGUCCCGGAGGGUACGAGCAUCGUCGUACGCAUCAGCACGGACAGCCACAACACGGUUGAGAAGGACACUCUCACUGAGCGGAUUGGUUGUCUAAAUUAAAUAAAAAGUGCUCUUCAU